CGUCUCGCAACCCGGGACCAAUGAAGCGCGCACUACUCCUGUUUCUCCCUGUUUUCCUCCCCGUGAUCGCUAUCGCGACGGCGCGAUGACGAUCCCGACGAGCGGAGACAGAGAACACUCCACCUCCCCGCAAUCACCCACUCUUCGAGGUCGUGACGUUUCCAACAACACGACUCCGAAGAGCGCGGUUGGCGCAGACUCCACGAUUCGCUCGGCGUCAUUGCCGCAACUGACGACGAAGAUGCCGCGAUCAAAGGUAUAUCGUAAAACAUCCCUUAAGAGUUCGUCUCUCAAAAGCGAGAUCAACGUCGGCGGCGAUGGUAAUGGCACUACUGAGAGGAACAGCGUCGUGCGAUAUAUGGGCAUCGCCGCGGAAAAGAAGCAAAAAAGGAAGAGCCUCACGGACAGAGACGUCGACGUGAGAUACGAGAACAAGUGGAAUUCCGAAAAUAUCCACAUCACAUGCAAUCCCAUGUCGACGCCCUAUCCGUACUCGACACCGGCGGUGACCACCACGACGACAACCACCACCGUCACCACUACUAGCAAGACGACAGCAACGAUGGUAGAGAGUGAUGAGGAGCCGAAGAGCCGCAGCUGCGGUAGCUUCCUACCGAUACUCGCCCUGAUCCCGCACUCGGUCAUCAGCUUCCAAUAUCUCAGCCCGAAAAUGAAGUUCUCGUGGUGGCGAAACAAGAUCUCGUGAAGGCACGCGUAGACGCCCAUCGUCGUCGCUGUCGACGUUGUGCGUCGCGACGCCACCCCGACCUGUUUUAUGAGGAGACACACCUCUCUUACCUCGUAGCGAGCUCUCUUUCUCUCUUCGCUUAUAUACAUAUGUAUUUCU